AUGGGACUUCGCGGUAUUAUUCGUAUUUAUGCUCACGGCGAACGGUCUGAAACAAAAUUUUUACGGACGAAGGAUCAUAACAGGCCAUUUGCUUGGAGCAUGGCUAAAUAUCCGGGAGAAAUAUAG